AACGUCAGCGACAUCAACCGUGAUUGAGCGAAAGUCGUGUUAAAGCAACGCGGCGUUGCUUGAGGGCCUACUCGGUCUCUUUGUGUGAAGACAUCUCGGGCCCAAUUUCACCGUCUACGGGUAGCGAUGAGUUCAAUCGGAACGGGCUACGAUCUCUCCGCGUCGCAAUUCUCGCCCGACGGGCGUGUGUUUCAGGUGGAGUACGCCCAGAAGGCGGUCGAAAACAGCGGCACUGCCCUAGCCCUGCGUGGCCGCGACGGAGUCGUUUUUGCCGUCGAGAAGCUCGUCACAUCGAAGCUGUACGAGGCCGGAGCGAACAAGCGCAUCUUCACCGUCGACAAGCACGUUGGAGUGGCUGUUGCGGGACUCCUCGCUGACGCCAAGCAGGUGGUGGAGACGGCCCGUGUGGAAGCAUCCAACUACCGCUCCGAGUACGGGUCGGCUAUCCCGCUGAGAUACUUGAAGGACCGUGUCGGGCUGUACAUGCAUGCCUAUACGCUGUACAGUGCUGUACGACCCUUUGGCUGUAGUGUACUUCUCGGCAGCUAUGACGUAGACGGGCCGCAGCUCUACUGUGUCGACCCAUCGGGCACAUCAUGGGGCUACUUUGGUUGUGCCAUUGGCAAGGCACGCCAAGCGGCCAAGACUGAGAUGGAGAAGCUGAACUCAAAGGACAUGGACUGCAGGCAGCUCAUCAAGGAAGCGGCUAGAAUCAUCUACGUUGUCCAUGACGAGGUCAAGGACAAGAACUUUGAGCUGGAGCUCAGCUGGGUGUGCAAGGAGUCCGGUGGGCAGCACCAGUUUGUGCCCAACCAUGUCUACACCGAGGCGGAAACGCACGCCAAGAUUUCACUCGAAGAAGAGUCCGACACAGACGAAGACAUGUGAUUAGCUGCUCACUAGGGAUGAAGAAGAAAAUAAAGCUUCUUGGCGAUAAAUGAGCAAAAGCAUGCUUGCAAAGUUGCUUCUAUAAAAAUAGAAGCAGCCUUGUAUGCUGUGUUAUGCGUAUCAACAGCCCUUUGACACGGGAAACCAGUACCUAUUGAAUUCAUGACAUGAGUUGCAGCUGUACAGUUGACAAAGUUCUUGCUUGAAGGAGCAUUAGCAUAAUCCAAGGAGGUUCACACAAAACAUUUUGCAUUGGUAUAACUAUAAGGAACAUCAUGUUCUAGUGACCUUUAAGGCUUAUUUUCUCCUUCUAUUGUCCUUAGCAUGCUGUACGUCAAAACGAUAAAAGACUGCAUAGGGUCU